AUGGACUUUGAAGAAGCUGAAGAUCUCAAUGGAGUUCGGUUUGCCUGGAACACAUUCCCAUCAACCAAGGUUGAGGCAAGUAAAAUUGUCGUUCCUACUGGUGCUUUGUAUACUCCAUUAAAGUUUAGACAAGAUUUACCAAUUGCCAACUACGACCCAAUUUUCUGUCAAGCCCAAACUUGUAAGAGUGUUUUAAACCCUUACUGUCGUGUUGAUCCUAAUGGAUUUUGGAUCUGUCCAUUGUGUCAAUCUAGAAAUGCUCUUCCAACUCACUAUCAAGGUAUUACUGAAGAUAAUUUACCAAUUGAAUUAGACCCAAACUCUUCUACCAUUGAGUACAUUACCGCUAGACCAGUUCAACAUCCUCCUGUGUUUUUCUUCGUCAUUGAUCUCUGUCAAGAUGAUGAAAACUUGAAGGCUCUUAAGGAAACUUUAGUUCUUUCUCUUUCCUUUUUGCCUCCAAAUGCUUUGAUUGGUUUGAUAACUUAUGGUACUAUGGUUCAAGUUCAUGACUUAGGUUCUGAAAAUAUCAAUAAACUGUACAUUUUUAGAGGUGAUAAAGAAUAUACUGAUGCUCAAAUCCAAGAAAUGUUGAACAAGCCAACAAUUAACCUUCAACAACAACAACCUGGUUAUCCUGGUGUUGGGGGAUUCCAAUCAAACUCUCUUACUAGAUUUUUUUUGCCAGUAGAAGAAGUGGAAAUCCAAUUAACUUCUCUUUUGGAAGGUCUUUCUAAAGAUCCUUGGUCUGUUGCACAUGGUGAUAGACCUUUAAGAUCCACUGGAUCUGCCCUUAAUGUAGCUGCCAACUUGCUUGGUGCUACUUUCAGUGGCUUUGGUGCCAGAAUCAUGCUCUUCUCCGCUGGUCCUUGUACUUUGAACCCAGGAAUGAUUGUUGGACCAAAGUUGAAAGAACCAAUCAGAUCUCAUUCUGAUAUUGAUAAGGAUAAUGCAAAGCAUUUCAAAAAGGCUACCAAGUUUUAUGAUGCCUUGGCUGCUAAAGUUGUUAAGAAUUCUCAUACAAUUGAUAUCUUUGCUGCUUGUUUAGAUCAAGUUGGUACUUCAGAAAUGAAGAAUUUAUGUAACCUUAGUGGUGGUACCUUGUUAUUAUCUGAUGCCUUUACUACAUCUAUUUUCAAACAAUCAUUCUUACGUCUCUUUAGUAAGGAUUCUGAAGGUGAUUUAUUGAUGGGAUUCAAUGGUAUUUUAGAUAUCAAGACAUCUCGUGAAUUAAAAGUCAGUGGAUUGAUUGGUCAUGCAUCUUCAUUGAACGUUAAGACUGCAAAUGUUUCUGAAAAUGAAUUUGGUAUUGGAGGAACUUCACAAUACAGAUUAUGUUCAUUAUCUCCUCAACAUACUUAUGCCCUUUUCUUUGAUGUGGUAAACACACAACCAUUAGCUCCACAAGCACAAUCUUAUAUCCAAUUCAUUACCCAUUAUCAACAUUCUUCUGGUACUUACCGUUUGAGAGUUACCACUAUUUCUAACAUUUUGACUGGAGAUGAAGCUCUUUUGACUCAAUCAUUUGAUCAAGAAGCUGCCGCAGUCUUAAUGGCUAGAAUUACUCUUUUCAAGUCUGAACAAGAUGAUGGAGCUGAUGUCUUAAGAUGGAUCGAUAGAAUGUUGAUUAGAUUAUGUCAAAAGUUUGCUGAUUAUCGUAAGGAUGUCGAUGAAUCAUUCAGAUUGGCACCACAAUUUUCUCUUUACCCACAAUUUGUUUAUUAUUUGAGAAGAUCUCAAUUUUUACAAGUUUUCAACAAUUCUCCUGAUGAAACUGCCUUUUACAGACAUGUUUUACUUACUGAAGAUAGUAACAAUUCUUUGAUUAUGAUUCAACCAACCUUAACAUCAUUUUCAUUGGAAGGAGAACCAGAAGCUGUAUUAUUGGAUUCAGUUUCUAUUAAGGAUGAUAGAAUUUUACUUUUGGAUACAUUCUUCCAUAUUUUAAUCUUCCAUGGUAAGACAAUUGCUCAAUGGCGUAAGGCUGGGUACCAAAAUAAUGAAGAAUACGCCAAUUUCAAACAAUUGUUAGAAGAACCAAAACAAGAAGCAACUGAAUUAUUGGUGGACCGUUAUCCAUUACCCAGAUUCAUUGACACGGAAGAGGGUGGAUCGCAGGCGAGAUUCUUGUAUUCCAAGUUGAAUCCAAGUACUACGUACAAUAAUCAAAAUGAGAUUGGUAACAGGGGUGCAAUUGUGUUGACUGAUGAUGUAUCAUUACAAGUUUUCAUGUCUCACUUGCAGAAAUUAGUUGUUUCUGGAUCAAAUUAG